GGCGGCAGAUGAAGUGCGCCAAGAUGAAGUGCACAACUAGAAAAAAGCCGCGACAGCCAACCCGACUAAUGAAGACUGAUGGAGCAUCCCGUACGAGCACGUCGGAUGGGCGAGUUAGUUUGAGUGCGUCUGUUGGGGCUGCCCUACUCUAAAUCUGGAUUAUCAUGCCGAGCGGCCACGCUUUUCAUAAUCAGUUGGUGACUCUCUGCAGCGCAUGACACAUCUGGAUACGGGCAGUUUGGCUUAAGAGGAGGUGUGUGUGAGCCCACGAGAAAGAGACAGAGAGAGAGAGAUGGUGGUGGAGGAGAGUGCGCUCACGCAGACUCGGCAGAUCUUCCCGCACGCCAAUGGGAGAUGGACGAUGGGAGACCAUUUCGUUUUAUCCCGUGCUUAACACAAACAGACGGUGUGAUGUAGUCACCAAAAAUGGCAGCGAGCGGAAACAAUUUGGCGCGGGGAUGCGAGAAGGAUGCGAGAGGAGGUGGCAGAACCCCCCCGGACGCCCACAACCCAGAUGUCCCGAACCCGCUCGGGACAAAACGCCAUCUCCCUCGAGGGAUUGUUAUCCAGCUGACUGGAACGGAAGGAGAGUGGAGCAGCCUGGACGAGAGCGAGCUUAUCUUCUCGCUAGAUCACCACGAGGACUAUCCUCAUUCGAGUCCCAAGCAGAUCUCCAGCGAUGAGGACAGAAGAUCGCAAGCGUUCCACGUUCCACUUUCACCCUCGUCUCCCGGUUCUUUGGGUAACUGCCCCGCCGCUUUCCUCUCCCCGGGCCCGUCCUCACCAACGCAUCGGCCAUUGGCCAGUCUGGUGAAGUCACUUUCCACGGAGCUGGAGCUGAGAGAAGGCGCCACCCUCAGGCCCAAACCUCUCCUCAACCUGGUGAAGUCCAUCUCCACCGAGCUCUCCCGUUCGGAGCCGGAGGUGUCGCAGUCCAAAUCGGACUCGCGUCUCAAUCUCCACCUCUUGAAGCAGCUCACGCAACCCAAGAACCGAAGCGGCGGCGGCGAUUCUCGGACAGCGCCGCCAUCUCCCAGCGGAGAAGGUCUUAAAGGCGGUUUCUUCAAAAUGGAACUGGAGGACACCAAGAGGAAACUCUCAGAGGCGGUACAGGAACCGCUGAGCAAUAUGUUCAAUAAGAUCAGGAGAGAAGAUAGCACCGGCAGCCCCAAGCACACGUGUAAGACCACCCAGGUCAUUUCCAGAGGGUUGGGCCGAGAAGCUAGCGCAGACACAGGCGUCUUGGAAUCUCCAGUGAAAAGUGGCGGCAGGACGGAUGGGGAUGUUUUCGACUGGUCUUCCGUUCGACAUCCUGGGAGAAGCCCACGCAGCGCCUGUCCCGUCCAUCACCAUCUUAGCGACGAAGAGCAAGGAUUUUAUUCCGAUGGAGACCCAAUGUGGGUUUCUCCCAUCGUUCCUCCCCAGCGAGCCCCAAAACCAGCACAGCUUGCAUCUUCACUCCACGCAAGCAAUCCUCCACCCUUCAUGAGUUUAUUCUGUGUGGCAAUACUAUCCUACGGUUAUUUUACCUUUCCUCUAAAUCCAUAUUUCUCCGGUCUGGCUCUUGGUCUGGCAAUGGGUUUCUUGCUGGGACUCGUGCUGAUUCGAAUGGGCUCUUCCGGGUCUUUCUGUUCAGCUACCCCGAGCAGACCGCUUCUAAACGCUUGCUCCACUGAGCCAGACAUCAUGAAGGGUUGGAUGAAUGAGAUUCAAGAUUACGACCCGGAGACGUAUCAUUCGGCGCUGACCCACUCCGUGUUUGCCACGCUGGAGGGAUCCCGUCUACGACUCGACACCCCCCAGUCAAACAUCAGCCGCAGGGCCACGUACGACGAGAAACUCAACGAGCCCACUUUCGUAAAGUCACGCGGCUACCGGCUGGAACAGAGCAAAGUAUUCUUGCUGCCAUCUGUGUUGGCUCGUAAGCGACUAUGGAACCCCAAAUAUCCAAUCUGCAUCCAGCUGGCCAGUGGAGGAAACUCCCAAGAGGAAUCUGGACGAAGGUCGGAGGACAGUCAGGAAGUAGAACAGCCGAGAACUACGCCCACGAGUUCAUGCCAACAUUUUUCGGAGCCACCCAAAACUCUUUACCUCUUUGGCCGCACCGGGAGAGAAAAGGAAGAGUGGUUUCGUCAUUUCCUGCUCGCAUCCACCGACAAGGAAGGGGGCGGGUUGAGGUCCGCCGGACGUGUGCCUCGAUCGGGUGACCCAGUACUGUCGCAGGCUAUCAGCCAUAUCCCGAGCAGCUCCAGCAAAGUGGGCAGCAGUGAGGACGACACCUCCUCCACGCCCGCAGUUCCUCCCAGUCAGACUUCCUCCGGCAGCAGAACCACCAGGGGCCUUUCACUGCUUGACUACCCCGCCUACAUGUCUGGGGUUCUGUCGGUAGAAGACUCGCCCCCUCUCGGCAGCCCCGGAGUCGGCAGCGCAGAGACCAGCCCCAAAGGAAACUGUACCUGCGAUCUCAUGGAUCGCUCUGGGAUGAACUCGGCCCUGUGGGUGAACGCUCUGAUUGGUCGAAUCUUUUGGGACUUCCUGUGGGAGAAGCACUGGGCUGAUGUGGUUUCACACAAAAUCCAGAAGAAGCUCAGCAAAAUCAGAUUGCCUUAUUUUAUGAAUGAACUGAAGCUGACUGAGCUGGAUAUGGGCUCUUCUAUCCCCAAAAUCAUAUCUACCUCCCGACCAGAGAUAAAUCACAGAGGCUUGUGGCUGGAGCUGCAGCUGGCCUACAACGGCACCCUGCAGAUGACCCUACAGACCAAAUUCAACUUGUCCAAAUUGGGUAAAGAGGGCGGCCAGGACACAGACUGGUUGACUGAAACUGGAAAUGCACGCUGCAAACCAAUUCUAAGUGUGCUGGCAGACAGUGAUGAGGAGUCCUCCAGCGCUGGCUCGUCUGAUGAUGAAGAGUUUCUCCUGGCUGAGCCACAAGGCCCCGCUGGGGAAAAGGUCCCUUCGUCUGCAACCGAUGGGACAGGAGGCGGAAGGACGGGAAAGAAGAUUUUGAGAUUUGUGGACAAAAUCGCCAAAUCCAAAUAUUUCCAGAAGGCAGCAGAGAAUGAGUUCAUCAAGAAGAAGUUUGAAGAGAUGUCAAACACGCCUCUGCUGCUCACAGUGGAGGUUCAAGAGCUGUCAGGGUCUCUGGUUGUCAACAUUCCACCGCCCCCUACUGACAGGAUAUGGUAUAGCUUCUGCAUACCACCCAAGCUGGAUUUACGGGUCCGACCCAAACUCGGCGAAAGAGAGGUGACGUUAUUUCAUGUGACCGAAUGGAUUGAAAAGAAACUGCAGGAUGAAUUCCAGAAAGUGUUUGUCCUGCCAAAUAUGGAUGACAUCUACUUACCCAUGACGCACGCCGGCGUUGACAAACCCGGCGCAUCUUCUCAUUUCUGCCAGUCCCAAAGCUCCACUGAGUCCUUAGAGCCUAAUCCACCCGAGGCGACUUUAAACGAGUCGGACCUGAGGGCGGCUCCGGUGUAAAACAUUCGCUAUUCUCCAAAUUGAAGAGACUUCAAUCCCUCCGUCAGAACCAGGAGGUUCUUCGAAGAUGGAUGCACUCUAUUGUUAGUGUUCACAUGGCAAGUCAGAUUUGUUAUUAUUAUUUGAGUUAUUAAUAUUAUGAGGAACAAUUUGAAUUGGGUCACCAACACGCUGCAUGGAUGAAGAAUUGUUGCGGUUGAUUUUUUGUCUUUUUGCCUUUUUAAGUCAAUGUUGCUAAUCAUUCAUAUCAGUGUGUUUACAGAUACAUUUGAGGAAUGUCUGACUAUUAAUACUCAGGGCCCAUCAAGUAACAGUUUGGAAAAAGUUGGUGAGUGCUGAUCUUCUGGACAGUAAAAAAAAAUGGUGAAUGAUGCUUUGGACAAAUGUUUACAUUCCUAUGAGAUUAUUUUCCGCUUUGAUAUUGGCCGGUGGUGAUUAUUAAACAAAAAACAAAGAAAAAAAAAAAAGAAAAAAAAUGACAAGAAAAAGAAAGAAAAGACACAAACUUGACUUCAUUCUUUUAUUGAAUUUGAUUUAUCAAUUUUGCUAAAAAGCCUCGGUGAGUAUCCGUUUUCUCUUUCACUCUUGUUCUGAGUCUCGCUUGGCUUUGGCCAACAACCAGACCAGGGGUAGCAGGCUCACCCUGUUCUUCUUACCACAGGGUUCAUUCAAUGACUUGAAUACUAAUCAUAAUUACAUACUGUCGCUGGCCAAUGAAAAGGAAGCAUCCCGAGAAUUGUAUUUUUCUUUUUGUUUUUAUUUUUAAUUCGUUUCAGACGCUUGCUUUUCAAUGAACAGCAUGUAAUUAGUUUGAGUCACUUUUGAGUCAGUCACCUGUCAUGCUCUAUGAAUGAUGAUGACGAUCCAACAUAACUCUACUAUGCUGCAAAAAAAAAAAAAAUAUAUAUAUAUUAUUGUGUGGCUAAAACAGUCAUUUAAGUUUGAACUUUAAAAUCUAAAUAAUAUAAUAUCAACUUUUUUUGGAAGCCCAACGGUCGCUGCCAAUGUUGUAGCUGGGCGCUAACCAAACAACUUGAAUUACAUUAACUUUUAACAUUUGACUGUAAAUUAGUUCCACAAAACAACAACAAAAAUGACCUUGAGAUCAGUAAGUGUUUACCUUGCUGUUGCGAAACCUUUCACUGUGAAUAGUGGCAAUUAAUUCAAGUCAACUGAACAACUAAUAAUUAGUGCACUCAUUAAGCACACAAAAUUAAAUGCCCGUACGGGAAAAACAAAUUGCCGUGUGGUUGAGCCACGGCACCUUAAGUCGCUUCAAUAAAACUACGCAUGACCGUGUCACCAAGUUAUUGAUAGCACCUAUGCUUGUUCGGUUAUUAUCUUUAUUACCUUAGUUUUUAUUUCUCCAUCUAAACACAUGAAACCUUAUCUCUGAAGUCAUCCGUCAAGAAUGUUGGGUAGUCUGUUCACAUUACCGUGCACGCAUUCUCAAGGACUAAUGUAUAACAAAAAAAAAAAAAAAGACCCUUCUUCCAGUCAGUCUCAUGUUUUUGGUCAACCAUUCACUGGUUAUUUCCUUGUCUUUUGUCAGCAAAUUCAAUCCGUGCUUUCCCGGCUGACGAUAUCUCCCUCCCAAUGCUAACAGAAAUGUGACUAAUGACCUAUUGUGUGCGCAAAACGUGAAUUAAAGUAUUGCGUUUCUU